CUGAAGUAGGGUACGCAGUCUCCCACGCAGCAGGCCGCCCAUCACACAUUUGCCCAACAGUCCAAGUGCCCAGACAGAAGCAGUGAAGCAGCCUCUUCUACGCAGCAAGCCAACGAGUGAACGACGCUUCUCGACCGUUUUGCGCAGCAACUUCAGCAAGCCAGUCGCCAUUCAGCGGCAGCCAAGCGAACCAACGACCAACUUCACACCUUCCUCAGUUUCUCUUGCACCCGCUCGGCUUGCGGGAAACUGGAAUUUCAAGGCUUCCGCCUCCCGCCUUGCAGGAGUCCUAGAGACCUUCCUUUUCCCAUUUUGUGUAAAAGAAAGCAUUGCCUGACCGAGGAAGAAGGAAGCAACUAUGCCGCGUACCAUUUGCUCUGAGAGCCCUGGCUGCCCUCGCCUCCGAGCAUUAACCUUUGAUACUCUUGGCCUCAUUAAAGUGAUUCAAGCUCGUGGCGGCGAAAAACAGGAAGCUCCGGCGGUAGUGGAGCGGUGGGGUGACCCGGAUUCUUCAAGAUGCGUGCUAGCCACUUCCAUUAUUGACCGCGAACAUGACCCUCUUCUUGGCGUUGCAAGAAAAAAUGGCAUGCUUGAGGUGCUUAGCCCUAUCAACGGUGAUGUCCGGCUUACUAUUCCGAGCUCUAGUAUAAGUAGCAGUGUGAGUGAUGAUGAUGCUAUUGUUGCAUUACAUCUUUUCAGAAAACAGAGGAUGGAGUCAUCAACGAGGUCAUGUACUUUACUUACAUGCACAACAAAAGGACAUGCAAGUAUAAGGUCAUUUGAAUUCCCCAAGUCACCAGGAGACUCAACCUCUGACGCCUCUCAAACCACAUGGAAUGCAUGUGGUUCGGGUAACAUUUUGUGCUCCAAAGUUGACAGCAGUGAAAAUUAUGCUUUGUUCGGGGGGAAGGGAGUUGAAAUCAAUGUGUGGGAUCUAGAAAAAAGUGAGAAAGUCUGGGCUGCAAGAUCUCCUCCUAAAAACAGCAUUGGCAUCUUUACGCCAACUUGGUUUACAUCUGCAACAUUCCUAAGCAAGGAUGAUCAUCGCAAAGUUGUAGCUGGAACUAAUAGCCAUCAGGUGCGUCUUUAUGAUAUUUCUGCUCAGAGAAGACCUGUGAUAUCAAUUGAUUUUCGAGAAACAUCUAUAAAAGCUGUCACUGAAGACCUAGAUGGGUGGACCAUAUAUGCAGGCAAUGGGACAGGUGACCUUGCUUCAUUUGAUUUGCGCACAGGGAAGCUUUUGGGGUGCUUCAUUGGUAAAUGUUCUGGAAGUAUACGGUCCAUUGCUAGACAUCAUGAGCUCCCAGUGAUAGGCUCAUGUGGGCUGGACAGCUAUUUGCGCAUUUGGAAUGUGAAGUCCAGGCAACUCCUAUCUGCGGUUUUCUUAAAGCAGCAUCUUAUGGAUGUUGUUUUUGAUUCUCAUUAUAGCAAUGAAGAGCAACAAGUUGUGAAUGAGACGCAAGAAGAAGAACAUGAAGAAGUGUAUAAAAUCACAACAAAAAGGAAGAAGGAUGCUAAAGACCCCAGUCAUAAAAAGAAGCCAAAAACCAAGAAAACAGAGCAAGAAGAUGUGAAUGAGACAAUGCAAGAAUGUGAAGAAGUGUCUACAAUCCCAAUCAUAGAGAAAGAUUUGAAGGACCCAAGUCGAAAAAAGAAGCAAAAGAGAAAGAAAAAAGCUGCUCAACAUUCAGAGGAGCCAAAGAAGAUGUCCGAAGACCCUGUAGGCAGCUUAAUUGACAUAGCUGAAGAGGAUGCCAUGCCUUCUAGAAAUGAAAGGGAAUCUAAAGGACAAAAUGGCAAGAAGAAAAAGAAGAAGAAAGUUAAGACAAGCGGAGAGCUGUGAUGCCACCUCAGCUAUGUAAGAUUUGCAUUGGAAACCAUCCAUAGAGGGUGUCUUUUGAAUGUAGGAACUCAACAGUGAUGUGGCUCUAGACUCUCUUACAGGGUUUUGUUGGAUUUGAAUGAAUUCUUUCAUAAAAUUUUCUGCCUUCUGUAUCCAAUUUUGCACCUGUCGAAGCGAGUUGAGUUGCCAUAACUCAUUUAUACUCGAUUGACCUGGAAUUUUUUCUUUAGUUGAGUGAUGUAUGUUGAAUGAUUUAUAUAAAGAAAUGAAUAUCCAAAGAACAUUGCAAAUUAUAAAGUUCCCAUUUCAUUGCUUAACAAAUGUAAUGAGAAGCUUUUUAUGAACUUAUC